AUGUCGGCAUUGCCAUCAAACAACAUCAGCAAUACAAGCCCCCGCGAAGAUUAUGAAUGGAGAUAUGAAUAUUACGAGGAUGACGAGCCCGUGUCGUUCGAGGGACUAAAAGCGCAUCGAUACUCCAUUGUGAUCGGAUUUUGGGUGGGCCUGGCAGUGUUUGUGCUCUUCAUGUUUUUUGUCCUCACCUUGCUGACCAAGACUGGAGCUCCACACCCAGAGAAUUCCGAGCAGUGUGAGAAGCGCGCGUGUCUGACCAGCUGUGGCGAGGACAUGGGCCAUCUGUCCGAACACCAGGGCAGCCCGCCCGGCGUCUCACGCCCCCUGCUGGACGAGUCGCGCUCGCUCUUCCACUGCUACAUCAACGAGGACCAGCAGGCCGCCAACGGGCGCUCCAGCGGCGCCACCGCGCACCCCGGCGGGGUCAGAGGCAGCGGCGGCGGCCGGCCCUCCGCCAUCGGCGGUCAGCUUGCGGGGCUGGUGCAGGAGGCGUGGGUCAACGGGGCGCCGCUCCCCGAGAGAGACCCGUCGACGUUCCUGGCGCACUUCAACAUCCCCAACUUCGUCAACAGCGAGCUGAGCUCGACGCUGGGGGACGACGACCUCCUGCUCGUGGACCCCCCUCUGAUCCUGGACAGGGAGGACAGGGGUCCGAACGGCGCCCGCGGCGACCACACGCUGGACAGCAGCAGUAGCAGCAGCAGCGUAUUAGUCCUGAUGGGCCGCCGCCGCCGCGGCGUUUUGAUGUGCGGAGAGCUCUGCAGACCCACGCCGCACUGGGCCUCCGUCUGCUCUGAGACGCACUGA